AUGAGGGUCCAUCAACUGUACAUCGCUUGUGUCGCAGUCCUGCGACUCGAAGCGUUGCGACAAUUCCCGGGCUAUCGCGCGACCCACGCUGCUCCCCCGUCUGCGGCUACUCUGGCUCUCUGUUGGUCAGAGCUUGAGGCGGAGACUGCUCCCGGCUUUCCUGACCUCGAACACUGA